UUAAUUCUGAUAUUUAAUUAUGGAUUACGACUACUUGAUCAAAUUUUUGGCACUCGGUGACUCUGGGGUCGGUAAAACCAGCUUUUUGUAUCACUACACCGAUGGACUUUUUAACGCACGAUUCGUUUCUACUGUUGGCAUUGACUUCCGGGAGAAACGAGUGAUUUAUAGAACUACCAAUGGCAGAACUCAGCGGGUGCAUCUCCAAUUGUGGGACACCGCUGGACAGGAGAGGUUUCGGAGUUUGACGACAGCUUUUUAUCGCGACUCGAUGGGUUUUAUCCUGUUGUUCGAUCUCACGAAUGAGCAAUCCUUCCUCGAAGUGAGGAAUUGGCUGGAGCAGCUCAAGACCCAUGCAUAUUGUGAGGAACCAGAUAUCGUUUUAUGUGGUAACAAAUCCGAUCUGGAGGAUCGACGGGUUGUGAGCGAAGAAAAAGCACGAGAUCUCGCCAAUAAAUAUGGCAUGGUAUAUUUGGAAACUAGUGCAGCCACUGGACAGAAUAUUGCACGUGCUGUUGAUGUUUUACUAGAUAGAGUAAUGCGUAGAAUGGAAGCCACUGUCGACACAUCACUGCUACCUCAUCAACGAGUUUUGCGAUGCCAUGAGCCAGAGCCUCCUAGACCUAGAAAUCCGUGCUAUUGCUGACAGUGUCAUUAUGCGUAGGGCAAUUUUUCACUGACAGCUCUGACGCAUUUUUUUUUUCUUUUAGGAGGAGGAGGUUUUGCCAUUGGGAAAUUGAAUUGUUGGCAAUUGUUGGGGGCCCAAGAGUAGGCGAGCUUAUCAAUCAAGACAAAAAUCACUGACAAGAGUCAAUAAACGAUCAAUUUAUAUUACUCACAGUUCUACAAAUAUUAGUGUUGAAUUUUCCAAAUUGUCAAUGGGUUUUCACCGGAGGGAAAAUAGUUUUCACAGUUAUUCAAUUAAAUGUUCAACUCGUUAAUCAAGUGUAUAAUCGAUAAACGCUUUGAAUAUCGUAUGGAGAGAACAAAAAUGUCAUCUCCGAUCAUGCCAAAGAAUCAAUUUACCUCUGUGUCAAUGCUUUAAACAAUUAAUCAAAAGACACGAGUAAAAAUAAUCUUGAAGAGUGUUAUAUUUCUAAGAAUUCCAUGUUGCUCCUUGUGAAAUAUAUUAUACCGAAAAUGAUACGUUAAAAUUUAACGUGCGAUGUCACUUGAAAGUUGUUAAUAAAAUUCAUUUCGUAAAAAUGA